CUUUGCUAAAAACCCUGAAAGAGAAGCUCAAUCUCCGCUCGUCUCUCGGUCUUAAGCCCUAAAAAUUCAUCAUCUUGUUGUCACGGGAGGAGGAAGGCGAAUUUGAUCGACGAGCUCCGUCCCUGAUGCGAUUCGGAAUUUUCUGGGAAAGGUUUUAUCUCUGAUCUUUCGUCCUUUUUGAGCGCCUUGCCAGUAAGAGAGAGAGAUGUUUCCAAGCUUUAAUCCGCUGUCUCAGUCUCAUCUGGGCAACCGAGUCCAGAGCAACGGCGCUGUGCCCCAGCAGCAGGUCGUUUCGCCGAACCCUUUUGCCGGUAACCCUUGUAAUGUGUUGCCGACCCCCGUGCAGCUUCAGUCUCACAUGGGGAUUCUUCCUCAGUCUUCCAUUCCCGGUUAUGGUCUCAUGAAUUACAUGAACAAUGGGCAAGCUGUGAGCAUGAUUCUGCCUGGUUUGGCAGCUUCCGGUAUCGUGAACGGGCCUAAUCAACUGCUGCCUUUGCAAAAUCAUCAGAUUGCUACGCAACAACUCGGCCAGUUUCGGAAUAUGGCGCCGAAUGUGAACCAAGUGAAUCUGUCUCAGCUGCCUGGGCAGAUGCUUGCGCAGAACUUGCCUCAACAACUCAAUCAAAACAUGGGUUUGCAGAAUUUGCUCCUAUGUUUGCCAAAUGUGAUGGCGAAUGUUAAUCAACUUUCGAUCGCGCAACAGUUAAAUCCUUCUCAGCUUCCUUCUUUUAAUGGUUUCCCGGGUUCCAAUCAAGGAGCUCGGGCCUUACGUCCCCAAAAUCCUUUCUCUUUGGCCGAUACACAAGGUGGUUGUGAUCACCAGCUUAAUCAAAAUCAGCAAAACGUAAGAUCUCCUGUCAUGGGUCCAAAUGUAUUGAGAUCAUUGUCCACUGCAAGUCAGCAACAGCCGCAAAGCCAUCUCAUGCCAGAUAAUGUUCAUCCAAAUCAUUCAGAGAGGUCUCCGAACUUGCCAGGUCCUGUAUGCCGUGGACAACAGGAAAAUCCCAAUUAUAGAGUUGGCAUCAAGACUUCAAAUCCAAACUUUAGAAAUUCUCCAAGAAAGGACUUUGGUCGGAAGACAGGCCGGAUGGCUUCUCAAAGGGGAUCUCAUAGGCCUCAAUUCCAUGACAUGAACGAUAGGAAGAGGAAAUUUGAGUUUGCUAAUGGACAUAGAGGCAAAGCAGGGAUAAGCAGCCAUAUGGAGGGAAAGUUUGGACAACUUCACCCAGCGAAUCCACCUAAGGAACAGAAGAGAGCUCUUUCAAUAACCUAUACAGAACAAGAAAUCCAGCAGUGGUGUGAAGAGCGGAGGAGGAACUACCCUUCAAAAGCCAAAAUGGAGAAGCAGAAACUGACAGAUUCCAGAAAAAACGAAUUGGAUAUCAAAAUUCGGCAGGAGCAACUCAAGAAGAUAUUGGUGCAGCAAGCUGAAUUGGGAGUUGAAAUUGCUGAAAUACCAUCGCACUACCUGUCGGACACGCGGAAGAAAGAUGAGUCACCGGAAGAGAACAGUAGGCCAUGGAAUAAGAAGGAUAGGUUUCAAAAGAAUCGUGACAAAAGAGGACACCAUAAUAGAAGGGACCGGUUCAACAAGAAGCAGAGAUUGGAGGCCACAAGUUCAACAGAUCCCCCUUCUUUAAACAAGAACAGGACAACACUCCUGCAGAAGCUCUUACAUAAAGAUAUAAGGAGAGACAACAGCCGCCUGUUUCAGGUUUUCCAUUUUAUGGUAACAAACUCCUUCUUUAAGCAUUGGCCUGAGCAAUCUCUGAAAUUUCCGAAGGUAGUGGUUAAUGAGAACGGGUGCGGGAGUGAAGUGCUAGAAGAUAAGUCUCAAAUUUUCCCAACCGAAGGCAAUGGAGCCUGUCAAGAUUGUCAUGCUGGAAAUUCUGAUGGCGGAGGUGAUGAAUCCACCGAUGAUGAGAAUGAAGAUGUUCAUCAUUCUCAUGUUGAAAAAAGUUUUCAUGGGAAGAGAGAUGGUUUACCAGAUAAAGAAGAGGGAGAAAUCAUUGACUAAACGUGUUCUCUUCUCUUCGCCCGACCCAAAAAAAAAAAACGUGUUCUCUUCUAUGCAUACAGUAAGAUUGCGGGGUUUGUAUUUAAAUCGUAUGAGUUGGAAUGUGUAUUGUUUUUGUUUUAUAAGCUUCUUGUUUUAACAAUUUCACCGAUGCAUAUUGCCAAGAAAUCAUCUCGACGUUGCUCGUUUCGAACUAAA